AUGCUUUUCGAGGAGGAGCAUGCGUCGUUGUUGAAGGCGUGGGUGGUCAAGCGAAUCGAAAAUACAUCCGACGCCGACUCAGAUGUUCUCGCCGACUACGUCAUCGCGCUGCUGAAGCACGAUGGCUCGCAGGAGGAUGUUCGCAGGCUCUGCGAGCAAGAGAUUCCCGAUUUCCUGACAGAAGAGCCGAAAGCCUUUCUCGACGAUGUCUUCCAGGCGCUCAAUUUCAAGUCCUACUUGCCCGGGGGGGCACAACCGCCGGCGAAGCAGCCCGCCGACGCGACCCAUAUGCAGCCUGCCAUAGCCAACGCGUCAGCGCAAGGCAGAUCACGGAAGCGCGCUCUCGACGACCAGCCCGAAUUUUCCACCGCAAACGAGUGGGCUUAUGAGCAAGGCAACAGCCACCGACAGUACAAGCAGGCCAGACGCGGCGGAGGUCGAGGCAUGGAUCGCGGCUACCCGGCCGCCGCCGCCAUGCCACAGUUUGACCUCAAUAACCCGAUGGAGACAAUUAUGCAAAUGCAAGCGAUGGGAAUCCCUUUUCCGCCGAUGCCUGGUUUUCCUCCGCAGGACUCUACCGGCCGGAAUCAGCGCAACCAACCCCGGCGCCGAGGAAGAUGUCGAGAUUUCGAUGCCAAGGGAUACUGUUCUCGGGGAAACACAUGCAUGUACGACCAUGGUAAAGAACUUGGCAACAUGUCCUUCUCGGCACAAAAAGGCGAAGAGUACGACCCCAAUGAUCCUGCCAUUCGAAUGCCGAUGGAUCCAAACCAGUCGACCUUCUUUCCCUUCCCACCCACUGCGAACCGCGGCGGGCGGGGAGGGUCCCGAGGCCGAGGUAACGGCCAUCGCGAGGGCCGCAAAGGUGGCGCCAGAGCUCCGUUUUCCGCUGCCGGACCAGUCCAUGAUCGCACGAAGAGCACGAUUGUAGUGGAGAACAUACCCGAGGAAAGCUUCAGCGAGGAGAAAGUCCGCGACUUCUUUUCCCAGUUUGGCAACAUCACAGAGGUUACGAUGCAGCCGUACAAGCACCUGGCCAUCGUCAAGUACGAUGCAUGGGCCGCCGCGAAUGACGCUUAUCGCUCACCCAAGGUCAUAUUUGAUAACCGAUUUGUGAAGAUUUUCUGGCACAAGGACGAGAAAGUCCCAAAUACGGCGCGGAAUGAAACCGAAGGCUUCGCAUCCAACGGAAACCCUGGAUCGGAAGCGGCGGAAGCGGAGCCUGAGGUGAACAUGGAAGAUUUCCAGAAGAAACAAGAAGAGGCGCAAAAGCUCCACCUAGAACGAGAGGCCAAGAAGGGCGAGCUGGAACGGAAACGGCAGGAGAUUGAGCAGCAACAAAAAGCCUUGCUGGCCAAGCACAAUGAAGAGACGGAGCGAUUGCGGGCCCGAUUAUCGAAGAGGGAUGGUGACGGUGACGAUAGCGCCGGAGCGUCGAGCACCGAUGCGCUUCGGGCCCAGGUGGCCGCGCUCGAGCAGGAGGCCAAGAUUCUGGGCAUCGAUCCAAACGCAGCAGCAGAGGAUGCUGGCGCGACCCAUCUACGAGGUGGCUUCCGGGGUGGAAGAGGUUACCGCGGCCGAGGUGCAUACCCUCCCCGGGGUCGCGGCUCGUUCCGAGGUCAGGGGGCCCGUCAUGCCGCCUACGCCCAGUUUUCCAUCGACAACCGGCCGAGAAAGCUUGCCGUGAAGGGCGCCGACUUUACAUCGGCAGACAAGGACGAGACGCUGCGCCGUUUCCUCUUGAACCUGGGCGAGUUCGAGUCUGUGGAGACGAGUCCUUCGGUCACGCAUGUGUCUUUCCGGGAUCGCAAGUCGGCGGAGAAGUUCUACUUUAGCCUGAACGGCCAGGAGCUGCAGGGCGUCGAGGGCAAACUCGAGCUGACGUGGGUGAGCACGCCCUUGCCGCCGGUGUCUGUGGAACAACAACCGGGGCGGGCGACGGCCACAACUACAACGGAGGACGCCAUGGCUGAAGUCGAGAUCAACAACACCACAUCCCACGAGGACUCAGCGCAGGUGGAAGUGCCGGAUCGCCAUGCGGAUAUGGAUUACGAGGUUGGCGACGAUGAUGCCUGGGGCGACAACAUACACUGA